UGAUGGUUCAAAAUGUCUGCCUCCUGACCGUUUGUCAAUGGUACACUGAAGAUCUAGAGGGAUAUAUUCAACAGAAUGACUUAAUCAUCAUAAUUAAGGAUUAAAAAACUAACAUUGUAUUAUUCAAAAUGACUUCGAUUCAAAACAGAAACUAUUCAGUAAAUGCAAGUAUAGAUGAAGGGGAGUUGAAUUCGUUGCUGGAUAAAGCAACAAUACUAACAUAUUCGGGAAACAGGACAGUAAGAGGAUCGUCAUGGUAUGCCUCCGUAUUUUUGGUAGUGAAUGCAGCAUUAGGCGCUGGUCUUUUAAACUUCCCCGAUUCCUACAGACAAGCUGGUGGAGUGAUGAUAGCAGUAGUUAUACAGGCAAUAUUUUUGGUGUUCGUAAUAUUUGCAAUACUGAUCCUGGCCUAUUGUUCUGACAUUAAAAGUACAGAUACAUACCAGGAUGUAGUGUUAUCUGUUUGUGGUAGAAACGCACAGAGAUUGUGUGCCUUCGUUGUAAUGACUUACUGUUUUGGAACUUGUAUAACGUUCUUAAUUAUCAUAGGAGACCAGUGGGAAGAAUUUUUACUGUUUGUUGCCAAAGAUUUUUACUGUAAAGAGAAUCCAUGGUAUUUGGACAGAAUCAGUACAAUAUGUGUGACAUCAUUGCUGUUUAUUCUACCUAUAUGCUUCCCUAAAAGGAUUGAUUUUCUUAAAUAUCCAAGUAUGCUUGGAGUAUUUGCCAUAUUGUAUGUUGAGAUUUUAGUUUUUGUCAAAUAUUUUAAAUCACAUCCAUCACCAGGUCCUAUAAAAACAAAGCCAGACCACUUUAUUGAUGUGUUUCUAGUAGUGCCAACUAUAUGUUUUGCUUAUCAAUGCCAUGUUAGUAUAAUACCUAUAUAUUCCUGUAUGCAGAAUAGAAAUCUGAAGGAGUUUUCCAAAACAAUUUCCUGUGCCAUGUUAUUAUGUGUAGUGACUUAUACAGGUACCGCUGUAUGUGGAUAUUUGACCUUUGGUGAGAACAUAACAUCAGACAUCUUACUGUCAUAUGAUCCAGAUAUAUGGGUGAUAAUUGCUGUGAUUCUAAUUGCAUUCAAGACAUAUACCACCUACCCCAUUCUACUUUUCUGUGGAAGGGCUGCCUUAGUAAGUUUAUGGGUUGAUAUCAGGAAAAUGAGUCUGCAUGAAAUAGAAGACUCGGAGAAGAACAGACGAAUCAUAGUCACCAUAAUUUGGUUCAUACUGACUUUACUACUGGCAGUGUUUAUACCUAAUAUAGGUGUAGUUAUACAGAUACUUGGGGCAUUUGCUGCUGUCUUUAUAUUUAUCUUCCCAGGAAUGUGUAUGAUGUCAGCAGUACAAAAUCUAGUAGACGAUGGCAUCUGGACGAGAAGAUUAAAAGGGUUAGCCGCUUUUGCCUGUGCAUUCAUUUUAAUAGGAGCUUUUAUAUUUGGUUUGACACUGACUCAGUCUGUGAUAGCAGAUAAGAAUGGCGUCAAGGCAGAUAAAUCAAAGUAUACAUGUUAAUGUUUGUGUCACUAGUCAGUAAUUAAAGGAAUACUAAUGUGUGCGUGUCACUAGUAUGUAAGAAAAGGAAUACUCAUGUCUCAUUAUUUUGUACAGUUAAAGUGUUCAUUUAUAUGAUUUUUUUACUGCCAUGAUUUUUAUCACUAUAUAUUUCGUAAAAUUGCCAGUAAAAAUGCAUUGCAAAAGGAACAUUCCAAUGUCUGACUGACAAAUAUCUGCAUUAGAUGAUGAAAAAAAUCAUUAAUUUUUCAUUUGAUUUUAUCAUGUUAUGAUGAAUACUUUUGAUCAACCUAACCAUACUACCUUUGUAUCACAAUUUACAAACUAUGAACAUGAUUAACAUUUAGUAAUUAGUCUUAUGCAAAUUAAAAUGAAGCAAUGAGUUCUAAUGGUAAGGUGUCUGAACUACAAAUGAUUUUAUCAUUUUAACCAUUUUAUUUUAUCCUAUUAACUGUGCCAUAUGUUGAUGCUUAUUGAAGUUUACCUUUAUAUAUUAACUGAUUCAGCUGACAACUCUGAAGAGACUUUUGACUGAAAAAGACCUGUUUCUCCAUGCAUGCUAAAAAUCAUAUUUUGGCAAAAUUUUGCCUUGGGGAUGCAUGGUACCCAGGGAUACAUCUUUCAAAAUUGGAUACCCCCCCUAUAGAGGUAAAUUUAAAAUUUCACUGACCUUUUCAAUGUACUUGACACCUACCCAUAAAGGAGAUUUCAAAGUGCUUUCUAUGGGUUCCAUGUAUGAGUUAUGCGUAUAUACUCAUAUGGUCCCACCAUAUGCAUAUGGUUCAGGUAAUUAAUAAGAUGAACGUAAAAAAAGUGUCAUAAUAAAGCAUUUCUAAAAAUGAAAUUUAGACUUAUAGAAUCAUAUGGUAACCAUUGUUACAUGAUUAAUGAAUUAAAGUGAAUUUUACUGACAAGAUAGAAUUAUUAUAGCAGAAUCUUUUUUGUAUGGUUAUUAUCCAUUGUUCUUACGAAACACAAAUGUUGACUUUGGAAAAUAAAUUCUAGAAAUAUCUAAAUGAACUGUUGAAUAAGAAGUCUUAACACACAGGCACGUAGUACAUUGAAUCCUCUGUUGUUGUUUUUUUUAAUUAUUAUUUUAGUAUUUAAGUCUGUUUUUCAUAAAUUGUAAAAGAAAAAAGGUUAAUGCCCCAAACGACUGUGGUUUUACAUAUGGACAAAACAUGCAGUCCACAGGAUAAAGGGCUUUAAAUUGACUCUGUCAAAGGCAAGAUAACAAAUACACCAAGAUAAAGACAAUAUGUUUAGAUAAAGGAAUUCAUUUUGUAACUGUUUAGACGUUUUUGGUUUUGAGAAUGAACUUUGUGAACCUGAAAAAGACGUUUUCAUUUAUUUGAAAAAAUACCUAUAUGGUCUAAGUACUUAUAUGGUGUGGCCUGUUUAUGAUCAAAGGAGUAUAUACUCAUAUGGUCAUGACCAUACAUGUAUGGUCUUAAUACUCAUAUGGUCUGGAACAAAUACACAAUUUAUAUUCUUUUGUUUAUGUUUUUAUUGCACUUUUUGAUAUGGCAGGAAUAUGAGGGCAUGCUAUAAUUUGUUAAGUCAUGAUUUAGUUUUAUGUUAUAAUGGGCAUUUCAACGUUUUUCACCUGCCAAGAAAUUUAUUGUCUUUCUAGAUGAUAUUGUCUUAUUGCUUUGUGGUAAUAUGUACUACUACUUAAAUAUGUUACAAAUAUCAGGAAGAUGUAAGUAAAGCUUUAAAUGUUGAUACUGAACUGAUUUGUAACCAUUAUUUGAAGUAUAUUAUUUUGUAUUGCAUAAUCAGUGUUAAAUAAUUUAAGAGUUUUCCUGUAAGAAACCACUAAUUAUCAUUUUAUGGUUACAGAGUAUAGGAUUCAGUAGGAUUUGUCAUUUGCCUCAUAACAAGAAGCAUUGCACCUUUAAAAUCCUUACUGUGCAGAGAUGUUACAUGAGGCCCCUUUAUAAAUUCCUAAAUUUUCAUUGUGAUUUGUAAUCAAGCUUGGCUGAUACAAAUUUUAUCAACUCUCUCUCUUAGUUCGGUAUUUUUGUUAUUUUACUUUUCAAUAGUAUAAAGAACACAUAAUGAUUCUUUGUAGAAAAAAAUAUUUUGAUGCUUGUCCAAAAUCAACGAACUAUAGACCCUAGCAAUUAUUUUGUAAAAAAGGUUAUAAAAAAUUUAAUUUAAUUUGACAUUCUAAUUAUAGUACUAUAAAUUAUUGCUGUUGUCAUAUUUUGGUUUAUUUGAUGCCUUAGAUGAAGGUGCAAAUUAUAACAUAUUUGAUACCAUAAUUUAACCAUAGCUUUUUGAGUAGACCACCAAAAUAUCCUGAUUUAUGUUGCCUCAGUGUUCUCAUGUGGCUCUUUUUGUCUUCAAUUUACAUUUUGCUUCAUUUAAAAUGAGAUUUUAAUGCUAGUCGUAAUUUUUUCUGUGAGCCACAAAAUCAGCUUAUUGUUGGCUGUAAUGAUAUUAAAAGAAUUUAUAAAGCCUCAAUUAUUUUGGCUGUUGUGAUAUUAAAAGAAUUUACAAGGCUUCAAUUAUUUGGCUGUAAUAUCAAAUGAAUUUAAAAGGCCUCAAUAGACAACCUUGUAAACAAGUGAUACAAUAAGUUAAACGUAUUUAGAGAGUUCCAUUUGUAGCAGAUGAAGGAAAAUAUUAUAUCUAUUUCAUGAAAGUCGUCCACGUUUGCAGACUAGUAAAUAAUGAAAUGUUGUAGUUACCAUAUUAAAUGCAAUUUUAUUUUAUAUUUUUCUUUCAAUA